UCUAUCAUCACCCUCAGCUCUCAUGCUUCACAUACAGAUGUCCCCGCCAAUAUAGGCCACUCUAGACGGCGGGAAAAUCUUCUCCAAUCUCCAAUCUGCCUGUUAUGGCGUGUCUAUCACCAUAUUCGACAACCCCCCGGCAAUUCUCCCAGUUCGAGAUCAACCGUCCGGCUUACCCCUAGGCCAUCAAUAGUGUCUCCCCGCAUCUCCCCGCAUUCUUCUCCAAUGGUUUACCCCAGGUCGUAA